UCUGCAGCAAGAUUUAGCCGACCUUAGCUUCGGGUGGCUAAUGAUUUGAUGAAUUUUGGACUAGAUCAUAAGUAAGAGGUGGUUUAAAAUAUGGAUCAAACAUUGUUCCCAAAUAGAAAACGAUUGAGCGGCGAAACAAAUUCUUCAUGACCCCACGCGUUUCUCCAUCAUUUUUGCGACCAUUUAGAUCAAUUUUAACUUGAUCUUGAAUCCUUUGAUGAUUGGGGAUUAAAAGGGAGAUUUUAUACCCAAAACCAUAUUUCAAAAUGGAGAAAACUAGCACCCCAAAAUUGAAAAAAAUAGUCCCGUAACACAAGUUUAGGCUCUUCAGGAAUCAUGAUUAACUUCUAUUUUAUUAUUUCAAGAAAUGUGAAAUAUCUUGAAGACAUGGUGUUUAUUCCUUGCUUAGAAUACAUAAGAUGUCUUCUUGUUUUGUCAAACUUAAGAUGUCUUUUUGUUUUUGGACAACUUGAGAUGUCUUUUUUUUUUUGGUCAAUUCUUGAGAUGUCUAUGAAUUACUUUAAUUUACAAAGGAAAUUGAAGACAAAAAGGCAUAUUAUUUGAAACAAAAACAUUGAUCUAAGCCCAAAGGCCUAAAUGCCCUCCUCCAACCAGAUUUUGGUCAUGAAAAUUAAAAAGCAAACAUAUGCAAAAAAUCUGCUACCGCACUCCCGUUUAAUUUGACCAAAGUAAACCAUGCAUAUUUUCGUUCUAUAUAUUUAUUUUUUAAUGAAAUUUAUCUGUUAAAUGUAUAAUAUAUUUUUAAAAAACAAUCGAAAAGUAUUUUUUUCAUAGAAAAAUUACAAUUAAGCAAUAUUGUAGUUGCAAUGUUCCAAACCACUCAAUUACCUUGCUAAAAGUUAACAACACACCACUCCUGUCCUUGUCCAGUUAUCAAUCCAAUUAACGGGUAUUUCACCAUUUCACUGUGUAUUUUUUUUAUUUUAUUGUUUUUGAAAUUCAUUUCACUGUCUAUAUAUAGUGGGAAGGAUAAUGAAAUAAGCACUCCAGAAAAAUGAAACAAUAUUAUGGAUAGAGAAAAUUGUAGGGAUCGGAAGCAUUAUGUGCUCGUGCAUGGUGCUUGCCAUGGUGCUUGGUGUUGGUACAAGGUUAAGCCACUCCUUGAAUCUGCAGGGCACCAGAUCACAGUGCUUGAUCUUGCAGCUUCUGGAAUCAACAUGAAGAAAAUUGAAGAGGUUGACACUGUUUCAGAGUACUCUGAGCCUCUUUUAAAGCUCAUGGCUUCAAUUCCCCCAUACGAAAAGGUAGUUCUCGUGGGUCACAGCCUUGGAGGUAUCAACAUAGCACUUGCCAUGGACAAAUUUCCAGAAAAGGUAGCAGUUGGUGUUUUCUUGACAGCUUUUAUGCCGGACACUCAGCACAAACCUUCUUAUGUCAUGGAAAAGUUCUCGACUAAAGACAAGGAAAAAGAUGGCAACUGUCAAAGAAAGUGGAACGUGGCAAUUAUGGAGGUGGAAGUGGUGCAAGGAGUUACCUGAAGUAUAGCUACGGGAAGUUGACACAAGUUGUUGCAAGUUAUUUUAUUUGUAAUUAUGCCAAGUAUGUGGCUAUAAUGUAGGGAGUUAUUUUCUAAGAUUUAAUCUCCACCGUAGGAUUAGAGUAGCAGUUUCCUCUUAAGCUCUAUAAAUAUCAGUUUGUAAUAUGAACAAGGGGUUGGAUUCCUAAAUGACUGCAAAGCUCUAAAAAAGCCUUCAAGCCCACGGUUAUGGCAAACGGCUUCAACGAGUGUGCAGUAGACGGAUUCCUUCCACCAUUUACCAUUCCAGUAAUGAAUUUGCUUCGUUCUUA